AAAUAACCAAAAGAAGUAUCAAAACUGGGAAGGGUAUAACUUCAGCCUCAACAAUGGGGAACAGAUUGGGAGGCAGAAAAACAGCCAAGGUGAUGAAGAUAGACGGCCAGACCUUCAAGUUAAAGACACCAGUGCGAGUGUGGGAGGCAGUCAAGGACUACCCAGGUCAUGUUUUGAUAGAAUCAGAAUCCUUCAAGCAUUUUGGAAUUCGAGCAAAGCCAUUAGAGCCACAAAGGGAAUUGAAGCCAAAGAAGCUUUAUUUUCUCUUGGAAAUUCCAAAGCUUUCAGGAGACAAGUCAGUGAGGAGGGUUCAGUCAGGUAUCAAUAUGAAUGCAGUUGACCGGCUUGAGAGCCUCAUGUUGUCCCGGAGGUCAGUCUCAGACCUUUCCACCAUCAAACAGACAACAAGCAUCAGACCAUUAAAUUGUGGUGCAAUUCGGGUGCAACUGAGGCUGCCAAAGUCACAGUUGAUGAAAUUAAUCCAGGAGAGCAAGGAUAAUGAAGAGGCAGCCGAGAAGAUAAUGGAUCUUUGCAUGGAAAAGGCCAGCAAUAAUAUUCAUGGAGCUGCAUCAAGUAACAAUGUUGAGGGCCAUGGUCUAGGGCAGCAGCAAGGGAAUUGGAAGCCUGGACUUGGUAUCAUUAGAGAAAGUUACAACUUGCCUGGAUGAGGAUGAGUAUUCCUGAUUUGUUUGAUUGGUUGACCCUAUUUUCAUGCAGAAAAUUAAUGUGCAUGACAUUUGGGAUAUGUUUAUUGAUUAGGAAUUUGGAUUUGUAUAUGUGACCCACUAUUACUAAUGAAAUAAUGGGUGCAAUAAUGAAAUAAAGAAUGAGUAGAUAUGUCUGUUCCUUAAUUUGUGAAUGGCCAGGUGAUCCAAUAUUUU